AUGAAAACUUUAAUAUCAGAAUAUCAUAAGAUUAUGGAUCAUCCCUUGGAAAAGAUUACUAUUGGAGUUGAUGAUAGUAAUUUUCAAACUUGGUAUUUUUUAAUUCAUGGAUCAAAACAUACUACAUAUGAAGAUGGAUUAUAUCUUGGAGCUAUUAUAUUCCCUACUGAUUAUCCUAAUGCUGCUCCUGAAUUUCAAAUGAUUAGUCAUAGUGGAAGAUUUGAAACUAGAAGAGCUAUAUGUAUGACUAUGACUGCUUAUCAUACUGAAAGUUGGAAUCCUACAUGGUCAAUGGAGAAGAUUUUAUAUGGAUUUGUAUCAUUUAUGAAUGUUAAUGAAAAUGGUAUUGGAGCUCGAUUUGAUUCUGAUCAAACUCGAACCUUUUAUAAACAAUAUUCGAAACAAUGGUUAUAUCAACGAUGUACUGUGUUUAAAACGAUAUUUCCUUAUGAAUAUCAAAUAUUAGAUGAUGUAUUAAAUCAUGAAUCCUUAAAGAAACUUGUGAAAUAUAUUUUAAAUGAUCCCAUUCAAAAUGGUUUAAGUCGAGGAUUAUUAGUACAACGAUUACAAAUAUUUAAAAGUUAUGAAAAGGAAAUUGAAAUGAAAGUGAAUCAAUUAAAGGAUGAUUUUGAACGAGAUCAAUUUUAUCAUCGAUUUUUCAGUUCAUUUACUACUAAAGCUGAAGUUGAAACAUUAAUUGGAAUUAAAUGUGAAGUUAAUGAUACUUAUGAUUUAUUAAAUCAACUUCGAAAUGGAGAAUAUGAGGAUGAAGAUGAUUUAUUUUCAAAUGAAGAUGAUGAAGAUGAUUUACCUGAGAUUUAUGAUUCAGAUGAGGAGGAGGAGGAGGAGGAGGAGGGAGAUGAUGUUAAUGUUGAAGAAGAGGAAGAUGAUGAAGAUAUGGAAGAGAAGAUUGAUUAG